GAACUUAAGUCUGACCGAAUAAAGCUUGGUAAGAAUUCAAUAGCUGACUUCCAUCAGUCCGCCAUAUUAAUCAAUGGGACGAAAUCACACGACCAAGACUUGGGUUACACCUUGAUUCGAGACUCUUCACACGUUGGCAUCGAGGUAUCGGAGAGAGUCGAGAGAUUCAUGUUAAGGAACGCGAUCUUUAUCAACAUUUCCGGCAUCGGAGUGAAUAUAGAAGGCUCUCUAUCGAAGGUCGGCAUCGAAAACGUCGAGUUUGUGAACUGCAGUUCACAUAGCAUGUCUGUGAAAUCUCAAGCGCUUGAGGUUGAAGAGAUCACUCUAACAAAAGUGAUAGUCAUCGGUCAAGGACAUGGAGGGUCGAUUCACGUGGAAGCGAAUUUCACUCGCUGCCUCACCGUUAGCCACUGCUACCUGAACAUCGGAAGGAAUACAGGCAUAGUACUUAAGCAGUCAUGUCUUAAUAAUGGUCGAUCUAUGCUUACUCAAAAUUCUACAGUUAUAUUUACCAAUAACACCCUAAUGCAGAACGAUGGUGUAUUACUGGACUUGGCGGUACCUGAUGGCGCAACUAUAAACAUUAGCAACAACUACGUCUCUAAAAAUAAUCCCUCUAACGCUUCAGCACUUUUCGUUCUGCACGGCUGCGAUGCCACUGAAUCGUCUUGGCUGAGUUACUCCAAUUCCAGUUUAAUCAUUGAGGGUAACCUCUUUACGAAAAAUGAGGCGAACUAUGCGAUUUCCAUAAUCGGCGCAAACCAAGAUGUUUUUGUGGUUGUCACGAGGAACAUGUUUUUAAGAAACAAAAACGACGGUGCAGUCAUAUUCGUUCAAGCCUCUGAAGCAGUGCAACUGUUUUGCAAUUAUUUCGAGGACAAUUUUACUCCCUACGGAAUUAUAACAGAUUUUACCUCGAUGAAAGGAACCGUGGACUGGCGUGAUAAUUGUUGGAUCACAAAAAAUGACACGAACUUGUUCAUAUCGACAACGGCAGUAAAACACGGUGCAUCCGUCGAACCAGCAGUCCAGGCUAACGUCGAAAUUGAUAAGCAGACUUUGUCGAGUUUCACGUCAAGAUGUGAGGAAUCUUGUGAUUCGCCAAGGUAA